AUGAUCAAGGAGCAGUUGGAAUUUUGCAAAGAAUUUUCAAGUCAGGAACACAAGCCACACUUUGACGUUGUUGUGAUUGGACAAGAGGAUCACGAAUGCCUCAGAUUCGAAGUUGGUGUCUCAAAUCGUAAUACCGUGCAGCUCCGUCUCACGUGUGGAAAGCUCAUUAUUUGUUUAGAUUUUGAAUAUAAUCUAGUUGGAAAAUUUCAUCCACACAAUGUUGAAAAUCACAGACGCAUGUCUGGAAUCGGACCCUACGCCCAAAAACAAAUCCCACAAAUUAAGCGGAAAAAUUUAUUUUUGGGAAAAGAUUUUAAAAAUUCCACAAUAGAAGCAAUUUGGAGAAUGAAACAGGAAAUGAGUUUGUGUCAGGAGCUUCAGCCCUUAAAGAGAGCAAAGGGAAGUGGCAUUAACACCAAAAAGUCUACCAACCACACAGGAGGAAGACAAAUAGAUGAACAGAAGCGUGUUUUCCUUGGCUGUGCCAGUCCAGAUAAACUGAAUUGA